AGGGAUUUAGUGAAGCAAGAAUUGAUCCACACAUCGGACGUGGAGCACUUUAUUUUCGCGCAAACCCCACGAAGCUGACUCAGCGCAUUCGCGAUCGAUGAUCGAUUGAUCAGUGCUCGGUUCUACUCCGCGGCGGCUCCGCGCUUGCGUAUUGUCGCCCCCUCCGUCGAAGGAGGCUUGCCAUCUUGGGUCGCUCUCUCUCGCUCUCUCUUCUGCCCUCUCUUUUCAUUUGUCUCUCCCUCUCUUGAUCGACGAUUAAGUUGCCCCUUCUUAAAAAGCCACAGCAGCCCGGUCUCCAUCAAUCAUUGACUCGCAAACUGGCCAACGGGCAGGACGGUCAACGAGGUGCCAAUCCCAGUGAUAAUCUUACCACUUCUCCCUUCCGUGCUUUCAGUGAUCAGCGUGCGUGAGUGUGUGUCCGUACGCGCGUGCGUGGCUGUGUGAAAAGUUCUAAAAUUGGAAAGCAAUCGCUAGUGAUCCUCAAGAAAGUGAUCCCGAAAUAAUCACGAUUGCAAUGGCGAUGAAGUGGAUGAUUCUGAGCUGUUUGGUCAUUGCGUGCGUGAUUCACGCUGGAGACGCGAGUCCGGACAAGCACAAGGACUACCCGAAAAAGGGCAGCUUCGUGCCGGUUUACAUCCGCUUCGGUAAUCAACCGUUAGCUUCCAUCAGCCCCGAGCUGGCCGCCGCAUUCCAGGAAAGCUCGGGUCGCAGCUCUCGCAGCAAGCUGAUUCAGGAGCUGAACCGCCCGGUGCGGUUCUCGUCGGAGUCGAGCAGCGACGAGGAGCUGCGGAGUGACAAGUCGACGACGCCGAAAAAGGUGGACUCGGCCAGCAGCGAGAGCAACUCCAUCUCGAACGAAUCGAUCUCUUCCGAGAAGGAAGCCAAGGAGGCCAUCAAGAAUUUGCUUAAACAAAUGCACGCUCUCAGCAAUCCGCCGUCGGUGAAGACAAACACGGUCUAAUGGCUGUGCACUUGCCAGGCACUUCCAGCGGCCCUCAUUAGGGCGGCUGGAGAAAGGCGGCACGAUGGAAAGUUGGCCGCGUGUGUUUACUAAAACCCUCGGAUACUCUUGCACUGCAUACUGCCAUUUUGAUAAAUCGUAUUUAUAGGGAAGAAAUUCUAUUAAAUUCGCAAGAAGAAGACUGCAUUCAUUUAGGUCGGUCGGCUUUUUUGGCAAACCUUAGAAGAAAACUAUGAAAAACGAAUGCUACAAGUGGUUCCCGGCCUUUUCGGGAGCCCGAUUAGGGAACUGAGAUUUACAUUAGGUAAAAGGCCAAUAAUAAAAACAUCAACCGCUGUUUGA